GUCUUCCGGCAGUAGGAGGGAUACACCCUGAAUUGGUUGCCAGCAGACGUCAUAAUACAGUAUAAGGGAACAAACUUACAAGGUUAAAAGUAAGGUAUUGGAAAUAACUUUAAAAAAUAAGAAAGCAUCUGAAUCACGAUCAGUCGGCGGCGAUCGACGGUUUCAGUUGACCCGCGGACUAAUACUGUAGUCAUUAACGUCUCCUUCUGCGCGAUUAUCUAUGCGUAUAUACUGUUCUUCGUUUCAGCAUUGUUCCGAUGUACGUACAAAUUCAGGCUACGUCUCCCUUACGCCGAAACUUGUAAAAGGAGGACCUCGGGAACUUUUGGCAUGAUAGAGGUGUUAAAUUUUAUUAGGUGGCUUAUUAACAUUCAGUGUGCAUUUUGCGGUCCCUUUAAUAAUUUCUGUUAUGUGAGACGAUACAUUAGCUUCUAACGGGUGUCGCACCACUUACUCAUCGUCUUCAAUCGUUUGAACCGCAUUAAAAAACAAAAACACUCAAAACUCGGCUCAGGCAUUCUCGGAAUUGGCCGUAGGUACAAGAUUGCCAAUCACAGUCAUACUUAUUAAAAUAAGGAGCGCAUCUCAUUUACAUCAAAUAUGUCUUUAGGUUUUACGUGAAAGAUUUGUGCUCUUCAUAAUAAAGCGACGAGGAGGGAAAAAAACGUCGAUGUUCAUUGAAAUUGUAUUCACAAACGCUGAAGACAAGAUAGUUAUUCGUUCUGAGUGUAAAAAUCUUCUCGCGUUGUGUUGUCAGGUUGGAGGAAAUGGACAAAUCGCAACUUACGCCACGGAGCUUGGAUAUCGAAAGUACAGUACUAACUGGAAACGGCGUCGUUCCCCGCAGGCUGGCCUCGUGCCGGAGAUGGCGUCCCUCGGCGCGGGGCUGUACUUAAGCCGCAAGCGGGCUGCGGACAGGAGCGCGGCGGUGGAAAGGAGGAACCUACUCACCGUGUGCCGGUUUUCAGUGAAGACUCUAUUGGACCGAUCCUGUUUCGACAGCAUGGACGACUCGUCUGCAGAGUUGGUCAAUUUUGUGUCCAUCCUGGAGCAUAUCCUCAACCAUAGACUGAAAGGUCAGACAACGUGGUUUGGCUACGAGUCUCCUCGGAGUUUCUGGGAUUUUGUCAAAGCCGCCAGCAGUAAAGUCCCUCAUAAUUGCAUUCGAAGCAUUGAGAGUAUGGAGAAUGUGCGGUCAACCAAAGCUAAGGGUCGAGCUUGGAUCCGAGUAGUUCUAAUGGAGAAAAGACUGUCUGAAUACAUCUCAUCCGCUCUGAGGGACCAUAGAACUACCAGGAGGUUUUAUGAGGAUGGGGCGAUCAUGCUGGGAGAGGAGGCGGGGCUUCUGGCGGACACGCUCAUUGGACUCAACACCAUCGACUUCAGCUUCUGUCUGAAAGGCGAAGGUCUAGACAUCGGUGACCUCUCAGUCAUCGACUACACACCUUACUUAAAGUUCACUCAGAGCGGCGACAGCAUCAGCAGCGACGAGGAGGAGAUGCGCACCCUGGGCAGCACCGGCAGCGAGCACAGCACCCCGGACAAGAUGGCCACGGCUGCCUCCAUCUUCACCGAGCAGAGCAACUUGGUCAGCAAGUGCAAGCGCUUUGAGCAGAAAUAUCGCAUGGCGUUGGAGCAGAAGGGUUACCUGGAAGAGCUGGUGCGGCUGCGCGAGACGCAGCUGGCAGAGGCGUCGUCACACCACAAAGCUCUUGAGCAGAGCCUCGUGGACACACACCUGUCACACUCGCUGGAGAAGGAGCAGCUGGAAUUUAUCAUUUUGGAGCUGCAGGAUCAACUGACCGUGUUGAAGAACAAUGACUUGCGGUCUCGACAGGAGCUGACAGCCCACCUGACCAAUCAGUGGCCGUCUCCCGACGCUUUGGACGCUAACGGCGUUGCCUUGGAUACGCUGCUGUACAGGAAGAGCCCCGGACAGUGGGAGGACAAGAGUCUCCGCAAUCUACCUCCAGACAUGAGCCUAUCACAGAUGUCCCUCGAACCAUCACACAUGCUAACGCUGGAGGCUAAACCGCACUGGCCCCGCCAAGGAAAAGAGCAGACGCCAUCCCUCCGAGGACUGUGCGGCUCUCUCACCUCCGUCAACAGUUUCAGGUCUCUGGCCAGUUUGAGGUCUAACGAAUGUCUGGCCAGUCCCGCCGCUGAGGUCAGCAGCCCAGGCUUAUCCCCCACAUAAGGCUACAACUCAAGCCAGCCAUCUUCUCUGCGUGCUAUUACGUUGCUCUUUGUAGAGAUGUAUGUUCUCAUUGUGCCGACAAUGACAUGUUUUCACAUGCUGUUGGAAUGAGCUCAACCGCCUGAAGCACACUCUGACAUGAUAUAAAUUUACCGUGAAUGGUUUGUAUUGAAAGACCUAUUUCACGUGCCAUCAUUGGAAAAGUCGGGCUCGUCGUCGUCACCAGUUGUUUCUGGAGGAUCAUCGUAUGUCCACUUUUCCCAUUUAUUACCGUAUCAGUUUUAACAUCUUUGUUUCUCAGGAGUUUUUGUGCCUUGGUUUUCAUUAUCGUGCACAGUGCCGUAUUUCGUUCUCAGGUCAUGACCACUAUGAUUGAUAAGCAGCCCUCGGAUUAAUCCGACGUUUUCCCUUUAUUUAGGUUUAGGUUGCAAUGCAGUCAUUCAAUUUGGCUUGUUGUGAUUGUGAUUGAAAGUCUGGCAUUCAGGCGGUGUACCUUAACUGUGCUGUUUGCUUUUAGUUUAUGACAUUUUUCACUUGCACACAUACAAAUAUUUCCCGGCUUUUCAUCCUUCAUUUUGAAUAAACUUUAUUUGGGGAGAAAUCAGAUUUUGACACAUUUCACAGUAAAAACAUUUUUUUUAAAGCACUUCUUUCAUGCACUUAUUCUGUGGAUUUAAAUGCAUACUCUGAUCGCUGGCUGAGAGACAAAUUCCAACUGUAAUCUGAGGUAAUCCAUUUGCUAAAUCAACUAUCAUCUCUGUCGU